GAGGAAACUCAUGCAAACAUGGGAAUAACAUGCCAAACACAGAGAUUAACCCUAACUCAGGACUGAGCCAGGGAAGCUGGAGCUGUGAGGCAGCAACACUGCCCACGGUGGAAUCGUGCUGCCCUUGGAGAAUACAGAAGACAAUGAUUUUGGGUUGAAGUUGAAGACACACUAUCAGCCUAAAUCCAUGUUCAGGAUGUAUACACAUGGGAAGGAUUUAGAGGACUCCUGCACUAUAGAGCUCUUCCAAGCCCACACCCUGCAGUCCUGCAACUUCAACAGCAGCCACCCACUGAUCAUCAUCAUCCACGGCUGGUCGAUGGAUGGGAUGAUAGAAAGCUGGGUCACUCGGCUGGCCGCUGCACUUAAGAGCACGCAGAAAGAAAUCAAUAUUCUGGUCAGUGACUGGAAGACCUUGGCACAGCAACACUAUCCCAUUGCUGCUCAAAACACACGGGUGGUGGGUCAGGAGAUCGCCCGACUGCUCACGUGGCUUGAGGAUCUCAUACAGUUUCCUGUUAGUAAGGCCCAUCUUAUCGGCUACAGUCUGGGCGCCCACAUAGCAGGAUUCGCUGGAAGUAACUUAGCUGCAUCAGGGAGGACUCUGGGAAGAAUCACUGGCCUGGACCCUGCAGGCCCACUCUUUGAAGGCAUGUCCUCUACAGACAGACUCUCCCCAGAUGAUGCCAGGUUUGUGGACGCCAUUCACACAUUUACCCAGCAGCACAUGGGGCUCAGCGUGGGCAUCAAACAACCGGUCGCCCACUACGACUUCUACCCUAAUGGAGGAUCAUUUCAGCCCGGGUGCCACCUGCACAUUCAGAACCUGUAUGCCCACCUGUCUCAGUAUGGCCUUAUGGGCUUCGAGCAGACGGUGAAGUGUGCCCAUGAGCGAGCUGUGCACCUUUUCAUUGAUUCUCUCCUGAACAGAGACAAACAGAUCAUGGCCUACAAGUGCAGAGACAACACAGCAUUUAACAAGGGUGUCUGUCUGGACUGCCGCAAAAACCGCUGUAAUACUCUCGGCUACGACAUCAAGAAGGUCCGCACGAGCAACAGCAAGAGGCUGUACCUCAAAACCCGCUCGCUUAUGCCAUACAAAUUGUACCACUUUCAGUUCAGGAUCCAGCUAUUCACACAGUUUGAAAAGAUUGAUCCGUCUCUCACCAUCAAACUCACCGGCACUCUUGAAGAGAGUAAAACCCUGCCAAUCACCCUAGUAAAGGAACUCUCAGGCAAUAAGACUUACACUUUCCUGAUCACCCUGGACACUGACAUCGGAGAUCUGAUGUUGAUGCACGUGGCCUGGGAGGCAGAUCCACUGUGGACCAGCAUAUGGAGCAAAGUGAAGACCAUAAUACCGUGGGGGAGCAAGGAAGAUGGGCCACAGAUCACCAUUGGCAGGAUCCGAGUCAAAUCAGGGGAGACACAGCAGAGAACCAUGUUUUGUGCUCAGACAGAAGACGGAGUGUUUAUCCGGCCCUCUGAGGAGAAGCUGUUUGUUCGCUGUGAUGAAAGGCGGGAAAAGCCGGAGCGCGUGAGGUCACGUGGCUGAAGGACAGAGCGGGGUUUUUGUGCUCGCGCACGUGUGACGUCGUGAUGCGCGUGUGUUGUUUAAAAAAAAAAAAAAAAAAAAAGUACUUCCUGAGGUGAAGCGACGCAGAAGAAGCUGCAACCACAGUUACUGUUUUUAAUCCGCCCUUGUUGACUGGUACUCAUCACUUUCCCCUCGUUUCCCUUUCCCUGUUCAUUAGGCUAGCUCUCUAGGCAGCUCAGGUGAAGGUUGUUGGUUGAGCUCUUGGGCUACUGAGAGGUUAUGGACAGUUGGACCUAAUAUAGGCCUCAGGAGCAAAAGCUGCCUAGAACAUGCUGUAAUUUGACAGUUUUGUUUUCAAACCAGCUGACAAAGACAAAGAGAAGUGUUAAACCGAGCGGCGGUGAUGCUUCCAGUGCGUCAUAUCCAGUGUAACAUCUUCUCUAUUGCACGUCUGCAGUGAAAAUGAUGUACCACACUGUACACAAUGGCUAUGUAUUAAAAACAUUUAGAUAUAAUUCAAUCCAUUAAUGGGUUUUUAUCAGUCUUUCUUAUUGGAAAGCUAGCUCCUUCUGGCUGUCGGGACAUUUCAUUUUUGGCUUUGUAUUGUCACUAAUUAUCAUGUUCAGGCUGUUUGCUGAUGCAGAGGAACGAGCACUGCUAGAUGCCAUUUCAUGGUCUACUUUCCAAGCCACUGUACAUCCUUGAUUUAAAAACCUUCUUCUACUUCUCCAUGGCACUUCAGAAAGUAACCCCAUGUGAGAAUGCGAGAAUGGCAUUCCCUCCAAACCCUUGUGGUUUGUUUAAUUGUUUGAACAUGGGAAAUCUGACCACUGAUUAUUAUUUCACAUCCUGCUCACAUAUUUCUUGGAAUAAUAUGCAUAAUUUGCAUUUGAUUCUAGUGAAUAUUUCUCUUUGGCUAAAAUUUCCAUUUUAUGCAAACCCUGCCUAUGAACAUUAAAACAUUUUUCCAAAAAGGUUUUGAAUUUGCAUUUGAUUCUAGUGAAUAUUUCUCUUUAGCUUAUUAAGAUUAAUAGUUUGAUGUAGGGUUGUAGGCAUAGCUGCCGAACUAUUGCUUAGGGCCAGGUGACCUAAUGGACUAAUUUCUCUUGCUGCUGCAGUUGAGUGGGAACGUCAGAGAAGUCAAGUUGAUGAGAGAUGCUGUUUUGAUUAGUAUGCAGUUUUGAACAUGGCCCUUUGUAAUAUGGACAAAGUCUGGCACUUUUUGUUUAUCCAUAAGGUGAAGCUGUUUUGAUAAUUAUUUGUGUAAAUGGUUUAUAAAAGCCUAGUGGUCCAAUAAACUGAUUAUUCAACAAAUGCAAACCUUUUUGGAGGAAAGAUUGGUUCAUGGAUUCACUUGAACAAGACAUCAGUCAUAUUCUUGUGGGAUUUACCUCAGCAGAUAAAUCAGUAAACACAAAGCAUUACAUUUAAUUACCUAUUCAGAAUCCUGUAUCUACAAAUAACAUCUAUAAUUAUCUUUGAUAAAAGGUGAAAUAUUGAGUGGCCAAAUUGGUUCAGCAUUUCAGCAGUUUAAAAAAUAAAUAAAUAAAAUAAACUCCAGAAACAAGCACAUUUCAGAGCAAGCCAUCCACCAGCAAGACUAAUGUUCUAUCUCACCGGGCCCAGCACAACACACCAAGCAUUGAAAUUUUGGCACAGCACUUUCAUGACCUGUAGCAGCAUCUUUGAAUAAAGAAAUGUGGUAACAACAAGAGAAUGAAAUGAAUGACUGCGUAGUCUGCUUGAACUGAUUAUAUACAGUAAAUGUAACCUUAAUGUUUGUAAUCUUUUGAUAUUUUGUUAAAAAAUAUCUACAGGUUUACAUCUAAUUCAAAUUUGAACUUCUUUUGUGGUCAGCAGGGGAAAAAAAAAAAACACAUUUGUAUUUUUUUCUUUACAAG